AUGGCACGCCUCAGCCGACCUAUUCUUUUCUUCUUCACUACUUUCUUCCUCUUCUACGGCCUCAGCUCCGCAUUCCCCUCCCUUGCAGGAGCCCUCGAGACCCGCUGCUGGCGCAAGGGCUGCGACCACUGCGAGCGUUGGACCGUCACAAUCGACCACCCCGGCAGCUGCGACAGUGUCAACCGCGACAACCUCAAAGCGGCCAUCGACAGCACCUUCGUCACCUACGCCGGAAACUGCAGGGGCGAGGAGGCCGCCUUCAACAGCCAGGCGAUUCCCGGCAUAAGGGGCCUGGGCUGCAGGGUCACCGUUCACUUCCCGAGGGGCAACAAGGGCGUCGACUGGGGCGGCAUGAUCGGCUCCGACCUAGUCGGCACGGCGAGCUGGGCGGUUUCUGGCACCUCCAACGACGGCAGCGUUCACUGCGGAGGAGCUUGCCAGUGGUGA